AUGGACUCAGCAGAUGGAAAUUCACCAUACAUCACCCCACCUAUUGGUUUCCCCUUCAUGGGAAAAUUGUACAACAGGGUUUAUUUUUCAGACAAUGGCCUUGUCCAGUUUCAAUCUGUCACUGAGAACGAGCAGUACCUGCUCCCGGCUCCAUUGGCGUAUGGUUUCCCCGACAACAUGACAGUGGGCCUGCUGGCGGCAUUUUGGGAUGAUGCUGACCUCACCCAUGGUGACGGAAGGCUGCUCUAUCAGGAAUAUCAUGGCCUGGAUGUAUCAGAUGUCUACUCCCAGAUAGUGUUUAACCGUACGGCAGAUGAUGUGACGAAGUUUGAGCAGCGGAGGAACAAGCCUGCCUUCACCCCUGCAUGGAUCCUCAAGAUCACCUGGGACCAUGUGAUGCCCGUCGUCUAUCAGAAAAUCAACUUCUCAGAGACUAACACUUUCCAGUGUAUCCUGACCACUGAUGGAGUGCGCUCCUUCGCCCUCCUGCAGUACGGGGACAUGCUCUGGGGUCCCGGCCAGAGGCAAUACCAUGACGCUAUCAUCGGCUAUACGGAUGGAAAAUCCUCCUACAGGGAGCCCACUGUACCCCCAGACAACUUUUUUGGGCCUGGGGGCAGAUACAGGCCCCAGCAGGUGAAGGGGGUCAUGGGGAAGCUGGGUCAACUGGUGUAUGAUUUUACAGCACCAAGGGGGUCAGACCUAGAUUCCCGGCUAAGGUGCCAGGCGUGGGCGAUGGAGCAGCCGGACCCCGCACAGUGGACAACGGGGCUACCUCCAUGUCCCUGCACACGCAUCCAGGCUCGGGAGGACUUGUCCUUCAUGCAGGACACCACUGAUCCGGGUUCCAUGGUGAAGACGCUGAGGGGUCUGCGGUGGGGGGGCGCAGGGGGGCACGUCUUCCAGUCCGUCUUGUCCAACAGGCACGGUUCAGGGAAGAGGUGUGUGUAUGACCCUGAUGGCCCGCUGCUGGCUGGGUACAACGAACGAUACUUCUACGGAAACAGCGUGCAAAAACAUAUUGACGAGGAUCUCCUGCCGUUCCAGUGGUGUUGUAUCGAGUCUCCUCUGUGCCACCUUUACCUCAACAAGAGACCGCUGGACCGCUGCCAAGGUUACAGCUGGGCAAGCCUUCACCGAUUCAGUCUAACCAGGAAGGUGACACCGGGUGUAGCGAUGGUGUACGGCAGCCUCCAUUUCAUCACCUUCGAUGGGACGGAGUUCUCAUUCAAGGCCCUCGGAGAGUUUGUGAUAUUGCGUCUCUCCUCCUCCAGCGGCUCUAAUAUCUUCACCCUGCAAGGACAGACUGACAAGCUACACACAGACGCAAAGGGGAUCAUUGAGGUCCCAGUGGUGGUGCGCAUGGCUGCCUUCCACCAGGGCAUUGGCAAGAUUGAAUGGAGAUGUGCAGAGAAAGGAGAUGGACUGCAGCUUUUUGUUGAUGAUGCCAAGGUCCCAGUCACAGUUGGUAAUGGUCACAUUACACAUUACAUUAAAUAA